GGCAGAUGAUAUGGCAGCUUUGUGAGCGACAAGGUGGAACUUGCAUUGUUAAUACGGUUAAACGUCGGAAUAUGAAAACAUUUUAACGCGGAAACGGGAAGAGGGACACUGCUCGAAAUGAUUUACUUGAUAGUCAUUUCCGCAUUAUCUGGAGCACUCAUUACAUUGGUAUUACAGUUCUUACUGCUUUACCGGAGAAGCCCCGAGCCUAUAGCCAGGACAGUGCAAUAUGUCAAAGCAGUGCCUGAUCCCGCAUUGAAGGAUUACUUUAAUAACCAACAUGCCGAAUCAGGCCAGCAGCAACAAGACAACACAUCAUCUGCUGCACCCAAACAGCAAGAGGCCAUCUCUCCCAGGAAUCAGGAAGCGGCUGCCACCAGUAGUAGCCCUAAACAACAACCGCCACCGCCUUGUCAAAGUGAGCCCCUCCACACCUCCAAACCGGAGACGUGCAAUUUUCUAAAUGCUAUCUUUUUGUUCCUAUUCAGAGAACUCCGCGACACUCCCGUCGUUAGACACUGGCUGACCAAAAAGUUCAAGGUGGAGUUCGAGGAGCUAUUACAAACCAAGACAGCAGGUCGGCUGUUGGAGGGACUCAGUCUCAGGGAUAUCUCCCUGGGUAAUUCUUUGCCCGUGUUUAAAACGGCUAGACUUAUGAAGCCAGUGAGUUUAAAUGAAGACGGCAUGCCCGAGGAACUCAAUUUCGAGGUGGACCUUGAAUAUAAUGGCGGAUUCCAUCUAGCAAUUGAUGUAGACCUUGUUUUUGGGAAGUCAGCAUACCUGUUCGUAAAAAUGACGCGUGUGGUUGGAAGACUGAAGCUGCAGUUCACUCGCAUGCCUUUUACGCACUGGUCCUUCGCGUUCCUUGAGGACCCAUUGAUAGACUUCGAGGUGAAGUCACAGUUCGAGGGAAGGCCCUUGACCCAGCUCACCUCAAUCAUUGUCAAUCAGUUGAAAAGAAUCAUCAAGAAGAAACACACCUUGCCAAAUUACAAAAUCAGAUACAAACCCUUUUUCCCGUUCCAAGUGCAACCUCCCAUCGGAUCUUCCGCCUGCGACUUGGACCUCUCCGUUCAGGACACAGGAUUGGUGGAGGGCCGGCUUAGGGUCACCCUUGUUGAAUGUAGCAGGCUUUUUAUCCUGGGCUCGUACGACAGAGAGACCUACGUGCACUGCACCUUUGAGCUGAGCAGCCACGAGUGGAAAGAGAAAACACGCAGCUCCAUCAAAGCGACGGAGGUGAUCAAAGGACCCUUUGGCAGUGUGGGUAUGACGUUCAGGCAUGUCCCUGCCUGUGAGGGUGACGCAGUCCAUGUCAGCAUCGAGACGGUCACUCCCAACUCUCCUGCUGCCCUGGCAGACCUGCAGAGGGGCGAUCGACUCAUCGCCAUUGGAGGUGUCAAAGUGACAUCCUCUGUCCAAGUGCCCAAACUGCUGAAGCAGGCGGGGGACAGGGUGCUGGUCCUGUACGAGAGGCCUGUGCGUCACCAGAGCCCCACCGUGGGCCUGGGAGCACUCCAGGAGGGGCUGGGCCAGCUAGAGGAGCCCAGCUUCAUUCCUCCGUCGGGGGGCUACGAGGAGGACCCGGCCCCCAUCACCACCCUCGCCGACAUAUCCGACAGCAAAGACAGGGACUGUGAGUUUGAAGACUUGACUGUGGACCCCAAGCCUAACCCCCUUAGCAGUAGCGCGGAGGCCAAGGAGGAUUUCCUGUCCGUAAACCAAAGCCCCAAAAGGACUGUGACCAAUCUGGCCUCAAAACCCCUCGGCAGCAUAUCGCCCAUCCUCAACCGCAAAAUGAACCUGGCAGGGCUUCAGUCGCCGGUCAGAUCCCCACCCACACCAAAGCCCUCGCCACACAAGAGUGGUGAGUCAGGAGAGGGGCCACAGCGCCCCACCGGCCCCCCUCCACCCCCACCCACUCGCCCGCCGGUGCCCCCUAGACCCCACAUUAAAUUAACAUCCGCCUCUUCUGAAUCCCAAAGUCUGCUGGAGGGGAGUGAAGCUACCAACGGGGCUGAGAAAACUCCAGAAAAGACUCAAACACACUCCACAGGAAGCAAUGGUGACAAAGGCAGUGCUGGGACGACACCUGUGAAACAGCCCGAACCAAAGCCAGCAGUCAAACCACCCGAACCCUGCGAAGAGCCGCCAGCGCCCCCCUCCACUCCCAGCAAGCAGGACCUGGCCAAAGACAAGGUUUCUGAGAGCUCCAUCAACACCCGAGACAGCAUGGAGGAUCACUCAAUGUGGGAGUCCUCAGAGAUCAUGUUCCGCAACCGGACGGCCCACUGGGGCCAUGCCUCUGUGGUGUUAGAGGUGGAGAGCAACCAUAAGUACCUUAACGUGGCCCUGUGGUGCAAAGACCCCUUCAAGCUGGGCAGCCUGCUGUGUCUGGGCCAUGUCAGCCUGACACUGGAGCACGUGGCCCUGGAGUGUCUGUCCACGUCCUCAUCUGAGUACCAGAGCACCUUCAGGCUGGAAGCCCCAGAGCCCAGGGCCAGCGUCAGCCGCACUGCCCUGCGCAGCCUCAGCACCCACAAGGGCUUCAACGAGAAGCUGUGCUACGGAGACAUCACCCUCAACUUCAGCUACCUGGCUGAUGGAGAGUCAGAGAUGUGUGGCGGGCUGGCGGAGCGGGAGAAGAAGGCCAGCAUGCCAGACGAGGAGCUGAGGGAGAGAGAGAGGGAGCAGCCUUCCUCUAUUCCCCGUGAUGACCUGGUCUACAGCUCCAUGCAGCUGGUGGAGGUGCGUCACAACUUCCAGGACACCCAGUUCCAGAACCCAACCUGGUGCGAGUACUGCAAGAAAAAGGUGUGGACCAAGGCUGCCUCCCAGUGCAUGAUCUGUUCCUAUGUCUGCCACAAGAAGUGCCAGGAGAAGUGCCUGGCCGAGCACCCUCUCUGCGUGGCCGCCACCGACCGGCGCAGUGCCGACCCAGAGGCCAAGUCCACCAUCAACCGCGCCACCACGGGCCUCAGCCGCCACAUCAUCAACACCGGCUCCCGUCUGCUCAACCUGCGCCAGGUGCCCAAGAGCCGGCUGGCAGAGCAAGCGGCUGAUGUUGUGCCAGACGUAGUGCACACCCCUGACAUCUCAGACAAUGAGAGCAGCGAUACAGAAACCUAUGCCGGGGCCAGCCCCUCCAAGCAUGCAGCUGGCGGCAGCACCAAGCUGGUACGGAGGGAGGGAGGACUUGACGACAGUGUAUUCAUCGCAGUGAAAGAGAUCGGCCGGGACCUGUACCGGGGCUUGCCUACCGACGAACGCUCGCAGAAGCUGGAGCUGAUGCUAGACAAGCUGCAGCAGGAGAUCGACCAGGAGCUGGAGCACAACAACGCCCUGAUGCAGGAGGAGAGGGAGACUGGGGACGCCCGGAGAAAGGCUCUGAUCACGGCCGCCCUGGCCAAGUCUGGGGAGAGGCUCCAGGCUCUCACCCUGCUCAUGAUCCACUACAGGGCAGGCAUCGAGGACCUGGAGUCUGUGGAUAGCACCGGCACCUCCCCCUCAGAGCCGCAUGGCCUCCAGGCCAAGGGGGGGGCCUUGGAGGAGGCCUUACUGGGGACAGAGGUUUAUGACAGUGACAUAUGCAGCCCAGUGGAGGCCCAGCUGCUGGAUGACAUCACAGAGGAGCAGAUUUGUGUGGAGGCACUCCACUAGAGAGGGCGAGACAUGGGCUUGAGACUUAAAGCAAAAUGAUUGGAAUCUUUUUCUGUGGGGGUGGUGGGGUAUAGGUUAGCUUCUGAAGAUUAGCUGAGUUGGUCUGGUGAGGGUGCAAUUGUUGAUUUGUAAACCAAUCGGUCAUGCGAUUCAUUCUUGUUUUUUGUCCUAGUUUUACAAAAAUUAUACUUUUUAAAGGGAAGCUGGAAAGCUAAAUGGUGACCUGCUUGAAUUGGCUUUGAGGAUCAGUCUCCCAGGUCAAUCUGUAAGUGCUUGGAUUCAGUAAAAUUUGAAAAAAUACUGUACAUUAAUAUUACCUGCUAUUUUAGCUUUUGUUGACAUUGAUGAAUUUGUUUUCCUUACAAGGCACCUUGAAAACAAAACUUCUAUUUUCCUAUCGCUUGUAAAUGUGAGCUUAAAUGUUUGUAUUCAAUGUUUUAAAUGUAACUGUUUGAUAUUUUAUCACUUAAAGUUACAGCAACCGCUUUUCCGUUUUGCAGAAGAUUUACAAUCAAAAUGUGGUCACCAUAGCAGGAGCUAUGUGUUUCUGUUUUUAUCUAAAUUGUCUUUGGGCAAGGAAAUAAAUAUUAGUGUGGAAAUGGAGAAAGAAAUACUCGACCAUAUGAAAAUGUGUUUUGUUUCAGAUUAUGUACUUUUCAUGUCACUCAUAUCUUCUGUUUCUGAGCACUUUUACUUAAUGCAUAAUCAAAUUUUUGAAAUCACCCAUGACUUUCCUUUUCUUUUUGACUUUUUUGAGGUUCUGCAACUACAAGCUCAUGUGAUAAUUCAAUGAAAUUGAAUAGUUUGUUUAUGCCACCGAGGCCAAACAUGUUUGACUAUGUAUGACCCAUUGUUUAACCAGCAUAUUAACUGUACAUGUUAUUUCUCUGUUCCUUUUUUUUCUUCUCCUUUGUCUUCUGGGGGGAGGUAAUAUUUGUUUCAAGUUUAUAAUUUAGAAAAUUGAUUGUUAUUUGUUUAAGCACCUGUUUUGUCCAACUCCCCCCCCCCUAUCCAAAUUCUUUAUUUUCUAUGGAUAUAAUAUCCCUGAACUAAAACUCAACUCAAAUAUGGUGGUAGUGGUGGUUUUAUCCAAUCAUGUUACUUGAGACUAAAUGCUUGCUGUUCAAAUUCUUAUUGAUAGACGCAAAGUAUUUAUGUAUUUAUGGCAGAAAAUGCAUUUAUUAGGUUAAUGAGUGUUGUUGUAUAAGAUACAGGAACACAUGGAUAUCUUUUUGUUUUAUUGUAUGUAUAUCUGUCUUUAUUUACUUGCUUUGGUGAUGGAUGUGGGGUCUGGUUGAUAAAUGCUGAGCAAUUAGGCUGUGAUUGUAUAAAGUUCUUGGCCUUUGAAAGUUGUUCUCAAUUAUGGACGAAUGUAUGUCCAUUUCUAUUUAUGUGUAUAUACAGUCCAGCACAAACCCUCUACAGAAAUGCAACCACUGGUGUACCCCAAUACAGUGAUGUCAUCAUGACCGGCCACAGACCAACUCCAUACAAACCUAUUACAACUGUUGUAAGGCACAGGAGGAAAAGCACUGGUUUAGAUCAUAAAGAAAAGCAUAAUUCUCUUCUCAAGGGACCGAAAGCCUCUGGAUAGGAUCACUAUGGGUGUGUCCAAAUACCCAUAGCUAUACUCCUAAAUAGUAGACUGUUUGCGUAUGCAAAAAAAGAAAGUUUUAUAGUAUGUGAAAUUUGGAAAAUCUAGUAUACUUUAAAUGCCCGGAUGUCAUACUCAUUUCGGCUUUUUUAUCUAGUAGAAUUCGCUGCACACUAUUGAGGAAGAGAAUUGUCUUUUCAAACCCAUGUGUGUUCGACAACAACUGAUAAUCAGAAUAGUGGACACGCUCUACAAAAAUUAAUAAAUGGCGGGGAACAAGCGUGAUUGCGCAUUCGAUGACACCUUCUCAGUAUGGGUGAGUAGUAUGUUGAUAUUUGUUGCUGACUGCAUACGUUUGUACUAAACAGUAUGUUCUAAAUAGUAUGUAGUACGAUUAGUACACAGUAUGCAGUUUUAGUGAUUAGUAGGCAAGACAGACUUCGACACAGCCUAUGACUUCUAUUCUAUUCUCAACAGACUCAUUCAGAUCACAGUGCGUUUCUGUGGCUGUGCUGCCAUUGCUUCAGCAUAGGACCAGAGCUGGUUAAGAGGUCCUUGGGGUUCAGUCAGACAGGAGCUGAAAGAAAAGGGGUGAAGGGGAAAGAAAGCAAAACAAAAUUCUGUGCAAUAGACGUGAUGCUCUUGUAGAAACUGGCUUGGCUGCUACUUGUUGAUAUCUCUUCAAUUGUUGUAUAUUCAGAUUGUUGUGCAAUAUUUUUGUAGGAAAUGAAGACAAAAGUGAUAAUCAGGAAGGGAUUCUUGAAAACCGUAUCUGACCGUUAGGUAACUUGGGGCCCCUGGGCUGGAAUUGAGCUCAUGAGGAGAGAAAACAAAAACAAAUUUUGGCCUGUCUUGCUACUUCCAUUACUACUACUGCUGCUGCUGUUGUAACUCUGUACUCUAAACCCAUUCAUACGCUCCUGAUCUGUAUCUCCCUAUGAUUCACAGUAUACUAACAUAGUGUCAUGGCUUUCUGCUGUUGAGAUUUUUUUUGUAAGAGGGAUGUUGUACACAGUUCUAGAGAUGGAUCAUGUGAUGAAGCGCUAUUGUACAUAGCCUCAAUAAACAAGCUCACCUGA